UGUAAUCUAGCAAUAGGUACUACAACUUACAAGUAUUCACUCGGCCAGAGUACGCACAAACAAAUUCACUCAUUCUGCCUGUCAUCAACUUGUGGUGGCUUCUAACGACCAUCUGACUCCUGAUAAUUAUCGUUUUCAUAAACAUCCAUGAGACAGUAAAUAAAGGAUUCUCAAUAUUUGAUGCCUAAAUAGGCACUUGCCUACACUAAACAUACUCUGACUACCUAACGUUAGGUAGUUUUCUUUCCUUUAGAGCUACAUUAAGUACUUGGCAGUCAUUCAUCUCGCCCCUUCACCGAGCCCGUCCGUCUUCUCUCGGUAGCUCUAGCCUAAGUUAACUUAAACCAAGUCCUCGCCAAGAACUCGUCCUGACAACUGAUGUGUAGACUACCUUAGCUACUCAGCUACUUCAGCCUCUCACAAUAUUUACUUGCGCCUCGUUUAACGAGUCAACACUCCACUAUUUAACACUCUCGUUUUAUACCGCUCUCCUGUCACAUAGGUAUAUAAACAGAUAAUACCCCAGUACUAUAAGAGCCGCAUCUCAAUCUUCUUUUCGUCCUUUUAUUUAACCUCACCGUCCCCACUCUCCAUCUUCUCGACUGAAAGUCUAGGAAGACGUCCCAAGUUUUGAUUCUACUCACCUACUUGAUAUAUUCAGCUUCACCACCAUGUCGUUUAAGAUCGCCGCCCCCGAUGAGUACCUUGCCAUUACCGGCAUGAACGUGAAGAGUGUACUCAUCACGAAAGCCGCAUGGGUUUGGCCCUUUCAAAGAUGUACACGCUUCUCGGUUCAACCUCACGAUUAUGCUAUGAACCUCCAAGCCAUGACAAAGGAGAAACUCCAGUUCCUUCUCCCUGUCGUGUUUACCAUUGGACCGGAUGUGAACAAUCGAGGAGCUAACUCGAAGGCUCAUAAGCCCGUAGCAAAUCCUCAAGGGGGGCAAUCCGUACAUGACCACACUCACGAUGAAGACCGCGGAGAUUCUUUAAUGAAGUAUGCCAUGCUACUGGCCGAAUCUACCGCCCAGAAAAAGGGAUCGCAAUAUCUCGAAAAUAUCGUAAAGGGUAUUAUCGAGGGCGAGACCAGAGUGCUAGUAUCUAGUAUGACGAUGGAAGAAAUAUUCACAGAGCGCGAGGAAUUCAAGCGCCGUAUCUUCCGAAACAUCCAGGGCGAGCUCGACCAGUUCGGUCUUAAGAUUUACAACGCCAACGUUAAGGAACUUAAAGAUGCUGCCGGCUCUACGUACUUCCAAUCGCUCUCUCAGAAGGCCCACGAAGGCGCCACCAACCAAGCCCGUAUCGAUGUCGCAGAGGCGCAGCUUCGUGGAAAUGUCGGCGAGGCAGAAAGGCAUGGCCAGCAAGAGCGGUCGAUUGCAAAGAUCAAUGCGGAAACGGCCGUCCAAAAGACCGACCGGGACGUCGAGCGCGCGGCGGCAGAAGCCAACCUUGCCACUCAAAAGACGAUCCUCAGCCGGGAUGUCGAGAUCGCGCGUAUCCAAGCAACAAGAGCUACAGAAUCCCGCGACGAGGAUCUCAAGAAAGAAGUCCAAGUCAAGCGCGCAGCCGCCGAACUCGAGCGUCUGCGCGCCGUCGACGUCGUCAAGGCCGCCAUCGCCCGAGAAAGCAAGCAGCAAGCGGCCGACGCGAAGGCGUACGAGGUAGAGGCCGAAGCGCGCGCCAACUUCGAGAAGUCGAACAAGGCGACGGACGCCGCGGCGUACAGGACCAAGAUCGACGCCGAGACGCAGGCUUUCGCGGCCGUCAAGAAGGCCGAGGCCAAUCUGCAGCAGAGGCUGAAAGAGGCCGAGGGUAUGGCUGCUAUGGCUGAUGCUUACUCCAAGAUGAGCAAUGCUUUUGGCGGCCCGGCUGGGCUCCUUCAGUACAUGAUGAUCGAGAAGGGCACGUACGUCGAGCUGGCCAAGGCCAACGCCGGCGCCGUCAACGGCAUGCAACCCAAGAUCAGCGUCUGGAACACGGGAGCCGAGGCUGGAUCGUCGUCCGGCGCUGGCGGCCAGGGGUCUAUUCAAGACAGUGCUGCGACGCUGAGAAACGUAUACCAACUCCUCCCUCCGCUGAUGUCGACGAUCCACGACCAGACGGGCAUCACUCUACCCGAGUGGCAGUUUGGAAAGUUGCCAAACAACGAGGUGACGAGGCGUGACCAAUUCCACAAGCAAGAAGAUGUCAACGGCAAGUAAGGGCGGGAGCGUUAUUCGUGAUUAUUGGUUAUUGGUUAUACCACGGAACGUAUUCGUAUUACGUCUUUCGUUUUUGGGGUUUUUUUUUUUCGAUUCUUUUGUCAUAUUGUAGAUACCUAACCUAGCUUCAGCGUUUUUUGUUCCAAUAGGGGCGUUUGCAGUAGGCUUGUAGCUUGCGUGCUAGUUGAUAUCCAUCUGAAUUAAAUUUCAUUCGUGUUUUCCA